AUGGCCACCGGUCCGCCACCAAACUACUAUGCCAUUCUCGAGGUGUCGGAGACGGCAACCACGGGGCAGGUUCGUGACGCCUACAAGAAAGCCGCGCUGAAGACACACCCGGACCGUGUGCCCACCGACUCACCCGAGCGGGCAGAGCGCACGCGCAAGUUCCAGAUCGUCAACGAUGCAUACUACACACUCUCUGACGCCUCACGUCGCAGCGAAUACGAUGCUCAGCGCAAGCUGUUUGGCGGCAGAAGCUCCAACGACUCAGACGAGAAGGGCGCGAAUGGUGAAGGCGAAGAGAUACCCGCCAACCCUCAAGACGCCUAUUCUUGGGCGUGGGACUUCUUCACAAAGAACCAAUCUGGCAGCGGCGGCCCCAACGGAGCCGCGGGGGACAGACAGAGGAACGAGGAAGCCCAGUUCAGCGACGUGUUUGAGGAGAUGAUGCGCGACGAGGGCAUGGCCGAGGAUGGGAGCAGCAGGCCCACGGGCAAAUUCUGGAGUGUAGUUGGCGGUGCCAGCGGCGGUGCCCUGGGCUUCAUCAUCGCCAAUGUCCCCGGUCUGCUGGCCGGUGCUGUCGCAGGGAAUCGGCUGGGCGCCGUGCGCGACGCCAAGGGGAAGAGCGUGGCUGCCGUCUUCCAGGAAUUGCCGCAGGGUGAUAGAGCUAGGCUUCUAAGCCAGCUAGCUGCCAGGGUGUUUAGCCAUGCUGUCGGGGUCUAG